CAAGCUGAGAGUAGUGCAGUAUCCGAUGUCCAACGUCGAAAGCUGAUGUUCGCUCUGAGCCAAAGAAAAAUCUAGAUACGACGCGAUAGACAACCUCACUUACCUUAAACACUUUUGUUUGCGACAUUCCCGACAACAUCCCCUCUAACUCCUCUGUCUCUGCCCAGCCGACAAACUCAGAUCGAUCCUCAUAUACGUUCUCCGAAAGCCCCCGAAGGAAUGUCGACACCUUCUACCACCCCUUCCCCGUACACACUCACAUCCUCCGGACUUCCUCAAUGUCGAUGUGUGAGGUCAAGCACGUUCGCUGAUUGUCAUCCGAACAGCACUGAGUUCGGUGUCCCACUAGCAGACGGAAAAUGUAGGUUAGGGCCGCCGUCCACCUACAGUCUGCACGACGGCCAGCCCGAGACGGCCGCCAGGACCCUUGCAAUCCAGCUUGCAAUAAACGCGCAUUAUUCGCUGCUCUCGCGCGCUUACCUAAUGCAUACGCGUGAAAAACCCACGGCCCGACGGGAAUCGGGGUUCCAGAUCCACCCGCUGACUUGGCCGAGCCGGAGAAUAGACGCGCACCCGCACUUUUCUCUCCCUUUCCUGCUUUGCACAAACUCAAACUCACACCCACCACUCAAAAGGAAGGCGAGGAACCCACACAGCUCCGGGCUCUGGAGUCUGGAUCUCGCAGGGGAGGUCUGGAACAAGGGUCUCGACCAGCGCUGUUGUGUCGCCACGACGGAAAGACGAGCAGAGUCUCGCAAUUAUUGGAAUCGGCCGAUGUCUGACGUCCGGCCGCUGUUUACGAAUCCUGCUCGUUUUACAACAAUUGAUUGUUUUCCCGCCGAAAGACACGAAAAACUUCGAAUGGGACCGAGAGAAACGAAAGCGUCGUGGCUGUACGCCUCGUGUGUCUCGUUCUUCUGAUGAGUCGAUCCUCAAUCAAAGCGAUGUGAGGUCUCCCAUCAUUGUUGGAAGAUGGUUGAACGCAUGCGCCGCGGUCUAGACCCUCCUUUUUCACAUGGAUCGAGGAGUGGAGCGCGAGAAUGAGACGGCGGGAGGCGUGAUUGCUACUCUGCA